AUGCCUGUGCUGGCGCAGCACCCUUCGCUGCCGCUCUCACUCGACGCACUAGUCGGACCCGCGCUACGCGUCACGCUCGACGUCGUCCUAACCCGCUGUGACCGGACGCCGCUUGCGCCUCUGAUGCGAGCGCUCCCGGCUCUUCUUGACGGGUUUCGGGUGGCGCGGCCGGGAGGCUUCGGCGCGGCGCGACUGCGGCUGUUCGUGUACGAGCGCUGCGCUGCCGGAGAGGCCUCGCCUCCGCCGCUCGACGUGCGCGACAGACUGUUUGAGGUGCGGCGGCGCCGCAUGCCCGCGCAGACCGGCACCGGCGGUGGGCGGGGCAGCAGAGGGCGGAUGUGGGGCGCCCUGCGGGGUCACGCUGCGGCUGCUUCAGGCGAAGGCGGAGCCGGCUUCACGCCCGCGCCGCUGACGCUCGUGCUCAGCCGGCGCGGCGCGGCGCUGCUCGACCCGCCGGCCGCGGCGUCGGCCGGCGCUGCAGCUGCGGGUUUGCGGCGGAGCGGCGGAGCGACGGAGCUGGGUGGUAUCGAAGGCGUCAUGAGAGCGCUGCGGAAGAGGUACGAUGCGUCGCCUCGGGCGGACCCAUGGACGGCACACGACAGCGUGGCGGCGAGCACCGUGCAAGCGGUGGUGGACGCGCUGGCCGCAGCCUCGGCCGACGGCACAGCGGCGGGCGAGGCUGCGGCGGCGGGCGAGGGCGCGGCGGGAGCGGCGGCAGCGGCGUACCGGGAGGUUCGCGGAUGCGGCACCAACGCGACCGUCGGUUGGGUUGUGCCCGCGGCGUCACUCCUCUCAUUCCGGUCCACCACAGCCCGCGAGGUGCCGCCGCUCCCAGCGCAGAGCUGUCGCGAAACGCUUUCGCCGCCGCCGCCGCGCCUGCCCGCUGCCCCAGCAACGGAUGUGCGGGGCGAAGGCGGCCGCGCUGCCGCCGCCGCUGGUGGUGGUGGUGGCGAUGGCGGUGGGGAGUACGGCAUCGACGUGGCGACGUGGCCUGGAAACGCGUCGCGGCCGGGCUUCUGCGCAGUGACAAACGACGGCGUCGAGGGGUCGUGCGCGCGUGGCGGGUCAGGCUCGUGGAGCACUCAGGCGCACCAUGUCCUCUCCUUCGCCGACUGCGCCGCGCGCUGCCGCCUCUGCGCCUCGUGCCGGUUCGUCACCUACUCCCCGACGGAGGACGACUGCUCCUGGUACAGCCGCUGCGACCUCCGCCGCCUCGGCCAGGCGCCCGGCUUCCACUCUCUCGAGGUGCGGCCCUCCGGCCCAAAGGGCGCCCUGAGUGGAGCUGCUUCUUGGGCGGCGGACGCGGAGGAGGCGUACCGCCGCCGCUUUGCGUUGGACCGUGCUUGGCAUUGCCGCAUGCUGCGCGGCUCUUUGCUGCAGCUCGUUUGGGCGGUCGGCCAGCUGCUGCUCGGAGCGACCAGCACCAGUGGUGGUGGCAGCGGCAAUGGUGUUGGCAGCAGCGGCAAUGGUGUUGGCAGCAGCGGCACUGGUGGCAGCGGCAACGGCAGUGCUCGUGGCGGUGGCGAGGGUGGUGGUGGUGGCGGCAGCGCCAGUGGUGGCGAUGGCAGCGUCGGCCCCUUCCGUGCUGUGUCGCCGGUGCCGUUUGGCUGCGUCGAGCCCGACUUUGUCCUGAACAAUCGGCGACUGCUCCCGUCGCGGCGGGAGAUUGCCGCUUGCGGUCGGCUCACCAGCCGCAGCCGCCGCGCCAGCUUGCAGUCGCACCUUCGCUCGCUGGCCGCUGGCGCAGAGGCGGAGCGGUGCCGUGCGGGGACGACCGUGCAGCGCGAGUUGCACCUCUCUGGCUUCUCAUCGAUGCUCGGGUCGCUGCUCAAGCCAUGGACGAUCGCGAUCCGGCUCGGGCUCGCGCUGCAGACGCCAAAGGCCCCCGGAGUCCUCUCACCAGAUCGCUGCAGGGGGCGGUCGCGCCUCGACCUCGGGUGCUUCUUCCGGCCGCUCGGCCCCACAUGCGAGGCGACGGCCGCCGGCGCCGCGGCACCGGCGAUCGGGCUCAACCUCGCCCAGCUUCGGCGCGAGUCGCUCGCGACGCACGGCGGCGACGCGAUCCCGAGGCCGUGGCGGCACUUGGGCGCCUUCUGGCGGGCGUCGCACUUGCUCGAGGCGUGGGCGUCGCACUUGCUAGAGGGGUGGGCGUCGCACUUGCUCGAGGAGCUGACGCGUCCCGCGCAGAGCCUCGAGGAGCGCGUCGACGCUGCGGCGCGCGAGAGCGGGCUGGCGGCGGCGCUGGAGGCGAGAAGGGCGGCGGCGGGCGAGACGGUGAUUGGCGUCCUGGCCGGCCUGGUCGAGACGCUGCUGCUCGCGCGCUGCAGCGCGCUGGUGGGCAAAUUCUCGUCAGGGCUCUUUCGGCUCGCAUACGCGCUCUCCGCCGCGCACAAAGGCGGGCUCCCGCCCUACCUCUCGCUCGACGCGCCGUGGUGCGUCGACUACGGGUUGCCGGCCGUCUUCAACGACGAGUUCCCGUCGCGAGGACCCGACGCCGACGCCGACGGGGGCGGCCACGGCGGCGGAGCGGCCACGGAGCAGGUUGUCGUCACCACGGCACAGGCGCCCGGCGGCCGGGGAGGCCGAGGCGGCGAGGCGCGUGGCGUGGUGAGGAGGCCGUUUUUGAACGUCUGCCCCUGCUGA